AGUCGUUUUAAAAAAGGCCCUUUCCUUUCUGAACAGUCGACACGGCGGUCUAACGGCGAGAAAUGUCAGGAAUGGAGCAGCUUUGCAAACUUUUCGUUGGCGGUCUGAACGUCCAAACAACAAAUGAUGGCCUCCGCGCUCAUUUUGAACAGUACGGGGCACUUACGGACUGCGUGGUGGUCCAAAACGAUCAACUUCAGCGGUCCCGUUGUUUCGGCUUCGUAACUUACUCCUCAGCAGAGGAGGCCGAUGCAGCAAUGGCCGCUAGGCCACAUGUUGUAGACGGUAAAAACGUGGAGCUGAAGAGAGCCGUGGCUCGGGAAGACGCGGGGAAGCCCGAAGCUCUCGCAAAAGUCAAGAAAAUAUUCGUCGGGGGCCUUAAAGAGAACAUCGAAGAGAACGACCUCACCGAUUAUUUCUCGCAGUUCGGCAUGAUCGAGAAGGCCGAAGUCAUCACAGACAAAGACACCGGCAAGAAGCGCGGGUUCGGCUUUGUUCACUUCGAAGAUAACGACUCGGCCGAUAAGGCCGUCGUGCUCAAGUUCCACAUGAUCAACGGAAAUAAAGUGGAGGUUAAGAAGGCGCUGACGAAACAAGAGAUCCAGGCCGCCGGUGGAGCUCGGGGCGGCAGGGGGAGAGGAGGAGGAGGAAGAGGAAUGGGGCGGAAUCAAAAUGGCUUCGGCGGCGGGAGAGGAGGAUACGGCAGCUACGGUGGUGGCUAUGGCGGAGGCUACGGCAGCAGUGAUGGCGGCUACGGCGGUGGCUAUGGAAGCGGAGCCUACGGAGGAGGUUACGGAGCUGGAUAUGGAGGAGGCUACAGCGAUCAGAUGGGAGGCUAUGGCGGUGGUAACGGCUACAGUGACUUUGGCAGCGGAUACGGACAACAGUCCUCCGGCUACGGGCCCAUGAAGAGUGGAAGCACGUACGCCGGAAGGAGCGGAGCCCCGUACCCCCGUGGUGGUGGCGGCAGUGGUGGUCCUGGUUACGGCAGGGGUGGCUACGCUGGCUACUAAAGCAGGUUGGGAAAAGACUCGGAAAGCUGUCCCCCUAGGUUCUCUCGGUUUCCACAUUGGGCUCAUUCACCCGGGCCAUGCAAGAGAUGGCGGACACUGUGAAAGCAUACCUUAAAGACCUCAGUUCUUAACAGGUAGGAAGAAGAUCUCUUCCCAGAAACCUGACUUGCUCGACCAGCUUUAGUUGUAGGACAUGUUCUAUCAUAUAUAUCAUUUAUUUCCCACGUUGUAGGACAUGCAGCAAGUUGGCCCUGGUUUUCUUUUCUUUUUAAUUUUUUUUUAACAACUGCGAUUUGUUCGUAACCCAUUCGUUUUUAAAUUCAUUUUUUUCCAACACUGGCGAUAUGUUGUCAAUGCAUUCUCAGUAGACUUGUUUUCUAUAUAAAUUGUUGCUUAGCAGUGUCAUGGGGGAUUAACGCAUGCAGUUUUGAGUUUGUGUUCGUCUUUGUAAAACCCACCACGAGUUUUUCCAAACUAGUUUAUCAUGAUGGGAUAGAGUAGACUACGUUAUUUCUCUUAUUUUGUAAACUAAAUCAGAAACGCACUCAUGAAGUUCAGUUCAACGCUGUAUGAGCAUAAUUACUUCCAACAUUCUCUUGUGUAUUGUAUAUUAUGUCUUCAGAUCAAUCCAGUAUUGUUAAACCUUGAUAUGCAAAUGUAUGUUACUUUUUAAAUAAAAGUUUCACAGCUUAA